UCACUUUUUUAAGGAGAGAUAAACACUUCUUCCACAGUUCCUUCCCACUCUUCACCACCACCAUCAUCAUAAAAAAAAAAAAAUCCCUGCAUUUUAUUCUCCAGAAAUCACUGUUUUCCAGAUUCCUUUUAACCCACUUUCGCGUUUUCAUGACCUUGUAUAGAAGAUUGGAGGAACAGCUAAACCGAAAUAAAGGAUGAUUAUAAAGUUGAGGGAUCGUGAACCUGAUUUUCUGUAGCACAUUGGAUUUUAAAAAUCUCUUUCUGUGAAACAGCUGGUCUCUUAUACAAUCUAGGUUGACCUCUGGAAUUCGAGCCACAUCACUUUACCAAAUAGAGACAUUUCCUUUUGUGCAUAAUGCCUUUUAAUAUCGGAGUUGAAACCCUAAAAUCUCUUAUCUAGGUACUCAUUCUUAAUGGCCUGAAGUUGAGAAGUGGGAGGCGGCGAUGGUGUCAAGGACUUCCGAUUCUUUGUCCAAGCCAAAAGACUCCCUGAAAGAUAUGAUGAAGAGGGGCUCUGGAGACUUAAUAUCCAAGAUCAACCAACUGAAAAAAGAAAUUGGAGCAGACCGAGCAGUGCAAAUUAAGGAAAAAAUAGAUAAGAAUCAGAAAAAAUUGGAGAGUCAUAUACAUGGAAGCCUGUCAGCAACAUUUGAAGUGAAUCCUUCCACAGUGAAAAAUAUAUCAUGUGAAGUUCCUCGGUUAGGGGUUGAAAGCGCUCUCAGCAUAUUCAAUGGGUUUCAUUCUGAUUUAGCAGAGAAAGACUUUGCUAAUGUCCAUGAAGUCAUAUCUGCCAAAAGCAUCAAGCUACCUAAAAUUGAAAGGAUACCGACAUACACAACAUGGGUUUUUUUGGAUAGAAAUCAGAGAAUGCCGGAAGACCAGUCGGUGGUUGGAAGAAGACGCAUCUACUAUGAUCAAUCUGGAAAUGAAGCACUGAUAUAUAGUGACAGUGAGGAUGAAGAUCCAGAAGUUGAGGAAGAGAAGCGUGCUUUUUCUGACGGUGAAGAUCGAAUUCUGUGGAUGGCUUUUCAGGAGCAUGGAGUAGAUGGUGAUGUUGCUGAUGUAGUUAGCCAUUUCAUUGGAGGCACCCCUGUUGAAAUCCAGGAGAGGUACAAUAAGCUAAAGCUGAAGUUUGAGGUGUCACAAGAACAAAGGUCUUCUGGAGGAAAACUGUUUCUCGAGAAGAGUCUAAGUGCUUCUUUAGAUUCUUUUGACAAUCUUUUUUGCCGCCGGUGUUUGAUUUUUGACUGUCGUUUGCAUGGAUGCUCUCAAAAUCUUGUUUACCCUAGUGAAAAACAGUUAUAUGUGCCUGGACCUGAAGACAGGAAGCCUUGCAGUGACCAGUGCUACCUCCUGGUUAGACGAACCACCGAAGAAUUGGUGGAAUGCUCAGAUACUUCUUCGUUACAUCACAAGGACCAUGUUAUUUUAAAAGGGGAAAACAAGCGCUCUAGUGUUUUUAAUUUUGAAGUGAAUGGAGUCGGUGCAGAUGUUGGCGUAGGCUGUAGUUCGAAGUCUGUUUCCGGGGAAGGUUCUACUGCAGGAGUCCUAUCUGCUUCAACCGUUGUGCCUGUAGUUCAUACAAAUGUGGCAAAGCGCAAGAUCACUGAUGACAUUGAUAGAGAGUUAGUGGAAUCUGAUAAUUAUGAAAAUGAAAUUUCAUCUGGAAAAAUCCGGAAACUGAGUGUUGGGGCGUUUCAAUAUGCGGGUCAUCAAAUGACAUGCAAAAGUCCUGUGGAGGGGAGAGAUUCAAGCAUUUUAAGUGAUUUUAACUUGCAGAAAACUUCAAGUUCCCACACAAAUGACAUUGUUGGAGGUGAAGUUCAUGACAAUAAUGGGAGGGUUGAACUAAAGCAGCCAAUUAUUUUUGAAAGACAGAGGAGAAUAUUGUCGAGUAGCUGUGAGUGGAAGCCCCUGGAGAAAGAUCUAUACGUUAAAGGAUUAGAGAUAUUUGGCAGAAACAGUUGCCUGAUAGCCAGAAACUUGUUAUCUGGUUUGAAGACUUGUAGUGAGGUGUCCAAUUACAUGCGAAAUAAUGGAGCUUUGAUGAGUCACAAUAUGGAUACCGUCCAUUCUUCAGAAGACAAUGCAAGAGCUGAUUCGAACAACGUGGAGAGCGAGGCACUGAUGAGAUCCAGAUCAAGAUUAUCUCGUAAAAGAGGAAAAGCACGGAGACUGAAAUAUUCUACGAAAUCCAGUGGUCAUCCAUCUAGCUGGAAAAGGGUUGGCGAUGCAGACCAGACACUGAAGCAGUACACACCAUGUUCAUGCCAGUUCAUGUGUGGAAAGGAUUGCUCGUGCUUAAAAAAGGGAACCUGUUGCGAGAAAUACUGUGGGUGCUCAAAGAACUGCAAAAAUAAAUUUCGAGGAUGCCACUGUGCAAAGAGUCAGUGUAGAAGCCGGCAGUGCCCUUGUUUUGCAGCUAAUCGUGAAUGUGAUCCAGAUGUUUGUCGCAAUUGCUGGGUCAGUUGCGGCGGGGGUUCUCUUGGUGAACCAUCAAAGAGAGGAGACGGACAAUGUGGUAAUAUGAAACUCCUCUUGAGGCAACAACAGAGGAUUCUAUUGGGAAGGUCAGAUGUUGCUGGAUGGGGAGCUUUUAUCAAGAAUGCUGUGAAUAAACACGAUUACCUAGGAGAAUAUACAGGUGAAUUGGUAUCACACCGAGAAGCUGAUAAACGCGGAAAAAUAUAUGAUCUAGUAAAUUCAUCAUAUCUAUUCGACUUGAAUGAUCAGUAUGUUCUUGAUGCCUGCCGUCAAGGAGACAAACUGAAGUUUGCGAAUCACUCAUCAAAGCCCAAUUGCUAUUGCAAGAUAAUGCUGGUGGCAGGAGAUCAUAGAAUUGGCAUUUUUUCUAAGGAACGAAUUGAAGCGAAUGAGGAGCUCUUUUAUGACUAUCGUUAUGGCCCGAAUGAAGCACCUGCUUGGGCCCGGAAACCCGAGGCAUCUAAGAAGGAUGAUUUUCUACCCUCUCAAAGUCGUGCAAGGAAACAUCAGUCUCGCUGAGCUCUAUGCAUUUACAUACAUAAAUCAUGAGAUUAUCGAUAUAUUUAUGGUAUAAUUAUUUGGAUUAGGCAGAUAAUAAUCGUAAUAAAGGGCAACUAUUAUUCUUCCCUGUACAGCAGGAACAAACCACAUAUGUAUACCAUCAAUAGUCUUAGAUAGCUUAAUACUCGAGGUAACAAUCGAGUUUUACAGUUUAUGUAACAUUUUAUUUGUUCAUAGUAUCAUAUCCAGUGAAAUAAAGUUACAACUCAUAAGAGUGAUGCAGAAAUCAUGCAGAAAUCAUGCAGAAA